AUGAAGCGACAGAGUGCACCGGAAGUAUUAAGAAUCCAUACAAGUACAUCGGUACUUAUAAUGGGCCUGAAAAAUGUUGGUAAGACUACUGUCCUAAAGCAACUAGAGAAGAUCAGCUCUAGGGACCUAGGUCUAGAUGACAGAAAACGGAGGAGCGAAAAUAGUUUAGAUGGCAAAGUACCAGAACAACUGCAAUACUCUGAGGCUACGCAAUUUCCCUUCAAGGGUUUGAGGAAAAUGGCAAUAAAGGCUGCAGAGGCGUUUGUCUUGACGUAUGCCGUAGACGACCAGGACUCUUUCGACUAUGUGACAAAACUGUUGAGUGAAAUUAUCACCAUAAAAGGUGAUGAUGUUCCUCUUGUGGUCGUUGCAAAUAAGAUCGACAAAUCACCGCGUGAAGUACAUCCUAUCAUUGCGGAUUGUGUUGUGACCAUUGAUUUUGAAUGCAAACACAAGGAAGUGUGCGCUGCCUCCGGAGAGGGGAUAAAAGAUGUCCUUUCAUGUCUGCUAGGUUUCUAUGGGGAUAGUAUGGCACUACCCGAUGAAAAUAAGAAUUCCUUCAGGAAGAGGUUUUCAUCACUCUUUCGCAAGUAA